CUUCCCCGCAUCCCUCCGGCCCUGCGCCCCCGGUCGGCCACUUCGCACGAUGACUUCCUCCAACAGCCACCCCUCCUCGCCGGGUAACAUCUUCCGCAUCGCCCGGAGUGUCAACAUCUUCGCCUCAAGCUCUUCCAGCUCUUCCUCCUCAGGCCCGGGGUCAGGUUCAUCCUCUGCGAGCGGGUCCGGGCCCGGCGCCCCGGGAUCCGGCAAUGCCAACACCGGCCCCCUCGGGUCAUCCAGCUCGCUGGCCCCCUCUACCUCGGCCCUCGGGAUGGCCUCACAAUCGAGCACCGGGGCCGGGUUUUCAUCAGGAUCAACAGCUCCCGGCGGGGGCAUCGCCUCGCCCCCGGCCCCGGCCUCCUCUGCCUCGUCCAUUUCUUCUGCCUCUCUCUCCCUGCCAGAUGCCUCGUCAAAUAGGCACGCAUCCAGCGACACGGCGUCCGUGCGAUCGGGCAAAAUCCCCUUCAGCAGCUCGACCCAAUCGCUGUCCUCCUAUAACUUCCCCGCCACCGGGACCGGGUCGGCCGCCACCCCGGGGCCCGGCGUGACCGGCCCCGCCGGGGCAUCGUCCUCGGCCAGCGCCACCGGCACCGGGCCCGGCGGCUCCGCCCCGGCCGGCAGUGCCACCAUCCUGGCCGAGGCCACAUCCACCGAGGAGGGCCCCCUCUUCCGGGCCACGGUGGACGAGCUGGAGCGCGAUGCUCACCAAUUCACGCAGAAGGUCCGGGGAUUGCUGGCCGCCCUGCAGGCCUACGAGGCCAGCAUCGAGGCCAUCCAGAACGCACAGACCCAACUCCUGGCCAGCUUCUCGGCCUUCCGCGGCGUCACCUCGGCCACGGACUACCUGUCAUCCAUCUUCUCGCAGGAGGGCGAGGCGCACGAGUCCUACCGGUACCACAUCCGGUGCAUUCUCAUCGAUCCGCUGGUUCAAAUGUGCGAAACGGACUUCCGCCGGCUGGAAGACAUGAAGACGGACUUCGACAAGACCUCCGCCUCGUACCAUGCCUUCCUGGAAAAGUACCUCAGCACCUAUGCGCACAAGCGCCCGGAAAAGCUGAUCCAAAUCGACAAGAAGUACAUCCACCGGCAGGGGUCCUACAAUUUGAUUCGCUACGACUACCUGACCAACAUGGAGAGCCUCUUUGUUUUGAAGGAGCAGGAAAUCCAGCACUACGCCAGCUCCCUGGUGGAGAAGCAUGCCACCUGGCACUCGAAGCUGGGCCAGCUAUCCUCGCGCAUGGCCACCAAGCAGGCCUCCCUGGUGGACCACAUUUCCCAGGGCUGGACCAAUGCCCACACGUGGCGCAACGAGCGCGACACCGUGCGCCAAAGCAUCCAGGAUGGCAGCCGCGAGGCGGCCGACCGUCUGCGCAUCCGCCAGCACGAGCAGCGUGUGGUGUCCCUCUUCGGGAGGAAUAUCCUGGUCGGCCGGCCUGGCGGGGGCCUGUCUGCCGGGGCGGCCUCCAAGUACCAUGGCAUCCGCGACCUGGACCCGAUGAAUGACGGGAAUGACCCGCGCGCCUUGGCCCGCGGCCGCCAGGGGUUCCUCUAUACCAUGCACCAGAAGACCGCCACUCGCGAAUGGCGCAAGGUCUGGUGCGUGGUGAGUGAGGGGGCUCUGCAUGAGUAUGCCCACUGGAAGCCCGGGCCUCGGGGCGGCACCAGCACCGAUCUUCGGACCUGCUCGGUCCGCUCGGCCCCCAAGGCCGAGCGCCGAUUCUGCUUCGAGCUCAUUUCCCCCUCCUCGCGGCGCCUCUACCAGGCCAUGUCCGAGGAGGAGCUUUCCACCUGGAUCCAGGUCAUCCAGAAGUCCAUCGAGUCUUCGCUGCACGGGCCGCUUCACACAUCCGACGUCCGUGCUGGGGAAAUGAGUAUCCACGACCAAAUCACCACGCAGGUCCCCUCCAACCUCCAGUGCGCCGACUGUGGCGCUGCCAAUCCCGACUGGUGCUCCAUCAACCUUGGCGUGUGCAUUUGCCUUGGCUGCUCCGGUGUACACCGAUCCCUCGGCACUCACAUCACCAAGAUCCGCUCUUCCACCCUGGACGUCCAGAGCUGGACCCCGGAGCUGGUGGCCAUGCAGGUGUCCCUCGGCAAUGACCGGUCGAAUUCCAUCCUAGAGGCCCUGCUUGGGGCGACCCCCCCACCGGGGGGGCCGGCCUCCGGCGGCGACCCCUCCACCGAAGGGGCCCUCAUCAGCAAGCCCCCCCAGGGCGCCCCCCGGGACGAGCGUCAGCGCUAUAUCAUCGCCAAGUACUCGCAAAAGUUGUUUGUCCGGCCGCUGCUCCUGCCGGCUGAGCUGGCCCUCCCGGCGGCGGAGCAGGCGCGCCUGCUCGUUCGCAAGAUGCUGGCGUAUGUGCGCUUUGGCGACCCGCUCGGCACCCUGCACACGCUGCCUCUCGGGGCCGAUGUGAAUGGGCUCGAGUUCCUGGACGAGGUGACGGCCCUCUGUGCCGUGGAGGAGCUGGCCGCCGAGCGCAAGCGCUCGGCCGCGGUCACCCGAUCCAAGCGCCUGACCCCGGGUGGGAGCAGCUCGGCCAGCGGUGGCACCGGCGCCGGCGACAUCCCCGGCGGCAUCCCCACCUCCGGGUCCCAUGCAUCCAUUCACUCGUACGACUCGUCCUCCUCGAGCGACGAGUCGGACAUCACCUCCUCCGACAUCGAGUCCGGCCCCGGUGAGGAUCUCCACCUCCAUCACCACCUCUUGCGGCCGGACUCGCACCAGCUCCUCCUCCACCCCAACAGAGAGCAGCCCGCCGCCGCCGCCGCCGCCGCCGCCGCCGCCGUCACCCCCACCUCCACCACCACCACCACCACCAUCUCCCCUCACCAUCAGAAUGAGCUGGUCGCGGCGGCUCCCGCCGCCACUACCGCCGCCGCCGCCGCCCCCACCGUAGGCGCCUCCGCCAAGGACGCCGGCUUGCCCAUCCACCACCGGCCUGCCGGGGGGCUCUUCUCUUCGGAAUCCUCCGAAACCCUGGACUCGGCCUGCUCAUUGCUGUCCUGGUCCGAUGACGAUGAUGAUGUGUCCGACGAUGACGAUGUGUCUGAUGAUGAGUCGGACGACGACCCGAUCAUCACCCCGCAGCGUGUCCGACGCGCGGUCGGUGGGGCCGCGGCCCCGUCGGCCAAGGACCUGGCUGCCCUCUCGCCGGUCACCACCCAAUCCGGCACCAUGCCCGGGGGGGCUGGCCUGAGUCCGCGCACGCCGUCGGCCGUGACUCCCACCGGCCUGGCGCUGGAACGGCCGCAUGACAGCCCAACCCGCAGCCAGGGCAGUGCCCUGUCUUUGGCUCCGGCCCCGGGCCCUACGCCGCCACCCGCCGCCACCACUUCUCCCACCGGCGGCAUGUCCUCCUCCUCGUCGUCCUCCUCCUCCUCCUCGCGACCGGGCGGCGCCUUCUUCUUCCCCCUCUCACUGGAAGCGGCCCCGGUGUACUUGAGUCGCGUGCGUCUCGGCAUGGGGGCCCUGCAUACGGCCAUCUCCACAUUGAACCUUCCCCUGGCCGAGCUCCUCCUUCAGAAUGGCGCCAAUGUCGAUGCCCAGGACGCCUUCGGUAAUACGGCCCUCCACUAUGCGGCCCUGCUGCGAGACGACCACCUGAUCGCCUACCUCCUCUCCAAGGGUGCCCGGCAGGACAUUAGAAACCACUGCUCCUGUCGGCCGGGCGACAUGGUGCCCCCGUCGGUACACCUGCCUCUGCUGGUCCGGGAUCCGGAAGCCAGCGAGCUGGCUCUCUGA